GAGGGCGGGCGCAGCAGCCGGCUGCCUUUAGUGCCUGCGCCGACCUGGAGGCGAGAGGAGCUGGUGCUGUCCGCUGCGCCGCUGGUGCUGAAGCCGGGACGCUCGCUCGCCCGCCCGCCCCUCGGCCUCGCCCUCCAGGAGCGCGUCGCCUCGCCUCCUCUUUCCACGCCACCCAGAAGCAACUUGGCGAAGGAGCCGAGCGGACGCCGAGCAGACCUCUCCGAUUUCUUCGGAGUUUGAGCCCGGACUGUUGUCUGCCUCCCCUUCCUUUACGACACUUUCUAUUGGGGUCUUUUCGUUGCUGUCGAGCCGAACGUUUUCGAACCAGAGGAGGCUUUUCCUCUUAUAUAUACGGAAUAAAGAAGGCUCUGCGCUUUCUCCUCGGGGACUUUGGCGACUGUUAAAUAAGGCGCAAAUCUUGAAAGGAUGUUUACAUGGUGGUCAGUUGUUUCUUUUGUGGGAUGCAUUAUACUGGGAGCACAAGGAUGGCCAGUGAACGAAGGAUUCAACUUCAAACCCUACCAGCCCCUUAUACGAUUACGUCACAAGCAGGAAAAAGGUCCGGAGAAUUCAAGAAACAAGGGUUAUGCAGGUCAUGAUGGCCCUGUUGGAUCAUGUGAAAAUAAGUACUGUGGAUUGGGUAGGCACUGUGUUAUUAACAGAAGAACAGGACAAGCUGAGUGUGUCUGCAUGGAGCACUGCAAACCUCACUACAAACCUGUGUGCGGAUCUGAUGGUGAAUUCUAUGAAAACCACUGUGAAGUGCACCGUGCUGCCUGCUUGAAAAAGCAAAAGAUUACCAUUGUUCACAAUGAAGACUGCUUUUUUAAAGCAGGGGACAAUUGUAAGUCCAUUGACUACAACAAGAUGAAAAUUUUUCUACUGGAUCUACAAAAUAGAAGAUACCUUUUGCAAUCAAGAGAAAGAAAUGUUGAAGAUAAGCUGGCUCUGAAGAAAUUACUGGUGGAUCAGAUAUUUAACUAUUAUGAUUCAGACAACAAUGGCCUUGUGGACAGUAAUGAACUAACACAGGUAAUAAAACAGGAUGAGCUUGGCAAGGAUCUAUCUGACUGCUCUCUAUUCGAUCUGUUGAAAUAUGAUGAUUAUAAUGGUGACAAGCACCUAGGACUUGAAGAAUUCUAUAGAGCAUUUCAAGUAAUUCAACUGAGUUUACCGGAAGAUCAGAAAGUAAGCAUCACUGCAGCAACAGUAGGACAAAGCGCAGUUCUAAACUGCGCCAUUCAGGGGACUUUGAGACCUCCCAUCAUCUGGAAGCGAAACAAUGUUGUUCUGAACAGCUUAGAUCUGGAAGACAUCAAUGAUUUUGGUGAUGAUGGGUCGCUAUACAUUACUAAGAUUACUACAACUCAUAUGGGGAAUUAUAGCUGCUAUGCAGAUGGAUAUGACAAACUCUAUCAAACUCAUAUUCUUCAAGUGAAUGUUCCCCCAGUUAUAAGAGUCUUCCCCGAAAGCCAAGCCAGAGAGCCUGGUGUUACUGCAAGCCUUCGAUGCUAUGCUGAAGGUAUUCCCAGCCCACAGCUUGGCUGGUUGAAGAAUGGAAUUGAUAUUACUCCAAAGCUGUCCAAACAAUUAACUCUUCAAGCCAAUGGCAGUGAAGUUCACAUUAGCAAUGUGCGUUAUGAAGAUACAGGAGCUUAUACCUGCAUUGCGAAGAAUGAAGCAGGAGUGGAUGAAGACAUCUCUUCACUUUUUGUGGAGGAUUCCGCUCGUAAGACCCUUGCAAACAUACUGUGGAGAGAGGAAGGUCUGGGGAUUGGGAAUAUGUUCUAUGUGUUUUAUGAAGAUGGAAUCAAGGUGAUACAACCUGUAGAAUGUGAAUUCCAGAGACACAUUAAACCAAGUGAAAAGCUCCUUGGAUUCCAGGAUGAAGUUUGCCCUAAAGCUGAGGAGGAUGAAGUCCAGCAAUGUGUCUGGGCAUCUGCUGUUAAUGUGAAAGACAGAUUCAUAUACGUAACUCAACCCACCUUGGACAGAGUGCUGAUUGUAGAUGUGCAAUCCCAAAAGGUUGUGCAGGCUGUAAGUACAGACCCAGUACCAGUGAAACUUCACUACGACCGAUCACAUGAUCAAGUGUGGGUGCUCAGUUGGGGAAGCUUUGAUAAGAAUUCUCCUACAUUGCAGGUAAUUACCCAGGCCAGUGGGAGUAUUUCUCACCAUACUAUUCAUACUCAACCUGUGGGCAAGCAAUUUGACAGAGUGGAUGACUUUUUCAUUCCAUCUACAACACUCCUCAUCAAUCACAUAAGGUUUGGAUUUAUUCUUCAUAAAGAUGAACCAGUACUCCAGAAAAUUGACCUUGAAACUAUGUCAUACAUCAAGACAAUUAGUUUAAAGGAUUACAGUUGUGUUCCACGAUCUGUGGCUUACACACACCUUGGAGGAUAUUAUUUUAUCAACUGUAAGCCUGAUACUACUGGGGCUGUUCUACCACAGUUAAUAGUGGACAGUGUUACCGAUUCCAUUAUUGGAUAUAAUGGUGAUGUAACAGGAACUCCUUAUAUCUCUCCAGAUGGUCACUAUCUAGUCAGCAUUGAUGAUGUAAAAGGUCUCAUGAGAGUCCAAAUCAUUACAAUCAGAGGAGAAAUACAGGAUGCCUUUGACAUUCAUACCAACUUGCACAUAUCUGAUGUGGCUUUUCAACCAUCAUUUACCGAAGCCCAUCAAUAUAAUGUCUUUGGUAGCUCUAGCACACAAACUGAUGUGCUGUUUGUAGAAUUGUCCUCUGGCAAGGUGAAAAUGGUGAAGAGUCUUAAGGAGCCUCUUAAGUCAGAAGAAUGGCCUUGGAGCAGUAAGAACCGGUUAAUUGAGGGCAGUGGGCUCUUUGGACAGUACCUGAUGACACCUUCCAAGGAAUCACUGUUUAUUCUCGAUGGACGAUUGAACAAGCUGAAUUGUGAAAUUACUGAAGUUAAAAGAGGAAACACAGUUAUUUGGGUUGGAGAAGCAUAAAGAACCACAUUAGAUGACAUCUGAGUGAAUAGUUUUACAGUACAUUGCACUUAACUUCAUCCUCUAAAUAGUCACUUUUUUAUUGUUAGACCCUUCUGUACAAGUGAUGUGGUUGACUGAGAUACAAUUUUGGUGAUAUAAAAGAAGCUGAAAUUGUGAUUAAACAUUCAGUUUCCUAACUCUGAUCUCCUGCGGACAGAUUGGCUAGUUGGUGGAAAGAUUAAAUUGAUAAGUCCCCUCAAUCAAUGAGCCACAACACGUUCAAAUGAUGCAACAUUUUAUAAUGAAAGUCUUUUUUAAAGUAAAUAAUAUUGACUCAGUCAGAUUCAUCAGAUUGUUAGGUUAUUAUGUAUAACCUCAGAUUUCUUAAACUGAAAUAUUCUGUCCUACCUUGACCUGUCCAGUCCACUAUUUAAUCUUUUUGUGCCUUGAAGAGAAAUCUCUCACAAGGAAGAGAAGCCUAGGAAAUGUGUAAUUUUGUCCCCCUUCUGACUGUAGGCUUUCAUUUUCCCUGAAAAGAAGCUUUUGAUAUCUCAACAUUUUUUUAAAAUUAUUUCCAUCCAGUUGUAAAAUGUUUUUAAGAAAAAGGGAAACAUCUGUUUGAAACAUCUACUGUUUUCUUGUUUUAAUCACAAUUUGAGACUUUAAUUGCACGUUUCAGUUGAAGGUCUGUUAGCUGCUCGUUGCGGUUUGAUCCUUUUUUCAUAGCAGAGCUAGACAACUUUGAACCCACCAGUUAAAAAGGCUGCUCUUCAAAGGAGAAACAUCAUAUGCAUAAGCUUAGGAACAAACACAAUUUGUCCAAUCUGUACCAACAAACUUCAUUUAGACUGGCAAGAAAACUGUUAUUUUUAAAACAAACAAUUUCAUACUAUAUAUGAGUUAUUAAGGAAUCUGUAUAACAAUGGCACUAAAAAGAUGGAUGUUUGGGCCAUGCUCCUAUGUCCCUUAAUAAAAAUAGGUUCUAUUGAGAUCAAUGGGACUGACUUUAAAGUUAAUAUGUUUUGGGUCAGAUUAACAGACACCCUAUUUUAAUAGAUGCCUCUAUAUGUACACUGUAUCUCAAAAAUCUGCUUUUCUCAGUACUUUUGAUAAGCCAAUUUUUCUAUCCCACUCUGCUGAUUAGAUUAUCACAAGGACUUUCUAUAUUCUUUCUUUUAACAAUUUAUUGCUGUGGGUUUGGGCAUUGCUUAUAUCAGGUAGAUAAAGAUUCUAAAAUUUAGAAUCACUGUAGCCAAUAGAACAAAAAAAUAUAUGUCUGCACUCCAGUGCAACUUUUCUUCAAAUUUCCAGUAACAAUAUCAGUGGUUUGGCUUAUUGUUUUUAUUUGUGUCUCUUUAAUUAAAAACCCCGGCAUUUAAACUGACCUCUGUUUAUUCAGUGCAAUCAGAAAUGUUAAUCUAAUUUUAAUCCAAUAUGUAAAGCUGCUUAGAAAUUUGAAAUUUUCUAGCAUUGUAUUUUCUUGUGUGUAAUUAGCAUCCUGCGCUGUGAUACCGUAGAACGCUCUUUAGCUUAAGCGAACUGGCAGAUAGAUUGAAGUCAGCAAACUAAUUGACUUGCAUUUCUAGCAACUGAAUCUUUUUAACAAUUUUCCCCAUUGUGAGCAGAGAACCAUGUAAAAUGUCUGUCAAUGAUUUACAGUAGUCCAUCUCCUUGACACUUUUCUCCCUAUCCUACACCAUGUGGAUGUUCUAUAUGUAGAAAAUGCUUGACAAAAGGAGAAUAAACCCCUUACAUUUUAAAA